AUGGAAAGUCGCAAUUUCAGAAGCCCUCCUCUCUACGCUGGUCGUGGGAGUCAACCAGUGGAGGAUAAUGGAUUUGACCACAUCAUCGUCAGUAAAAGGUUCUGCAUGACGGAUGUCGCUGUUGUGCCAAAGUUUUACAUGGGAUCGGACCAUCGCUCCCUCCAGGGAGAUUUUCGUUUACUCGAAGAGAAGGGAAAGCCGCCAAGUUCAGAGAGCGAAGCAUCUGCGAGGAAUACGACUGGCUUCACGAAUGCACGAGGAAGGCUGAGUUCUAAAAUUAUCAAGAGACGCCAUUCUCCAGAAAUCCUUGAGGUAAUACGCGAUGUAGAGCAGUACGAGCCGCAGACAACGAAGAACUCACUUCCAAGCUCGCAAGGCUUUGCAGAGAGGCCAUAA